GCAUUGCAUCACCUUAAGUGUUAAACCACCACCAACAACAACCUUUUCUCACUACUUACACAGCUUUCUUAAAAAAGAACCAAACUCACUUUUUUGUUAGGGACAUUAGUGAGAGAGAUAGAGAGAUAUGGGAAAAGAGACUGAGCUCCCGGGUUUUAGGUUCCAUCCUACCGAGGAAGAGCUUCUUGAUUUCUACCUCAAGAACAUGGUUUAUGGUAAAAGAUCGAGUGUUGAAGUCAUUAGUUUCCUCAACAUCUAUCGUCAUGAUCCAUGGGACUUACCUGGGUUAUCAAGAAUACUCGGAGAAAGAGAAUGGUACUUCUUUGUGCCAAGGGAAAGGAAGCAUGGUAACGGAGGGAGACCAAGCAGGACAACUGAGAAAGGAUAUUGGAAAGCAACAGGAUCCGAUCGUAAAAUCAUUAGCUUGUCUGAGCCAAAACGUGUGAUUGGGCUAAAGAAGACGCUUGUGUUCUAUAGAGGAAGAGCACCAGGAGGAAGCAAGACUGAUUGGGUCAUGAAUGAGUUUAGGAUGCCUGAUAAUUGCACCUUACCAAAGGACGUUGUGUUAUGUAAGAUAUAUAGAAAAGCCACUUCAUUGAAAGUAUUGGAGCAAAGAGCAGAGAUGGAGGCUAAGAUGAAUCAAACAUGUCCUAACUCUCCUCUCUCAUCAUCUGAGACAAUCUCAUUCAUUGGAAAAGAAGAAAACUUGAUGAUGGCUUCGUUCCGUGCUCCUCAAGAGAUAGCCAUGGAAGAAGCAAACAAGUUCCUAACGCUUCAAGAAAACGCGAAAAACCAAGAGAAACAAAGAGAGACAGAGACCAGAGACACUUCUUCAUCACUUAAGUUGCCUUUUGGAAGCUUACCAGAGCUGCAACUACCUAAACAAGGAGUAGAAUGGGGACCAGAGUUGCUGAGUAUAAGCCCAUGGCUACAGAAUCUUACACCAAUAGUUAACCUAUUAAAUUGGUAAUAUACAUAUGUAAAAAAGAAUAAACACAUUUAACUAUUAUUCAAUGUAACUCUGUAAGAAAAAAACAGAGCUUGUAACAAAUAAUACUAUUUACUCAACUUUUAUGUAUC